AUGGCCUUCGUGUUAGAAACUAUCUUGCUGCUUUUAUUCCGUCUAGCGUACGGUCACAACAUGCAGGACAUUGAGAUUGUUUUGUUGCCAUUAUGGAACACGGAAGAUAACGCAGAGGUGCCAUUAAGUUUCAAAGCUUUCGAUCAUUCGAUUGAACUGAUAUUACGUAGAAACGAUAAAAUUACAGCGCCACAGUUUGAAAUUUGGAAACAUAAUGAUGCGAAUUCCUUGGAAAGAUUGCCAGGACUCGGUAAAUCGAUAUCGUGCCAUUAUCUUCACCUGGAUGAUUCUAGUUCCGCGGCUAUGAGCCUCUGCGGGGAACACGGAGUGCACGGUCUGAUUUUCUUGAAAAAUGUCACUUUCGAGAUCACACCGCUUCACAGUCAGGAAAUUUCAUUUUUCGACGACCAUUUUGUCAGACGACGUUCGGAAACAUUGGGAGAGCCUCACAUCGUUAAAAGAGCUCACACCCCUUUCAUAUUUUUUGAAGACGAACCAGAGUAUAAUGCGCAACUUAACAAUGACUUGACAGCAGGAGAUGAGAUCAUAGAACCGUUUGGAAACUUCAACAGGAAUAACGAGAACGAUGCACUGACGUUAGAAUUGGCACUAUUCUUCGACGAGGCUGACUACAAUCUUUUUUCACCUUUUUUCGAUAAAAACGACGAAAAAAUACUCGACAUGCUACUGGCUUACAUAAAUGGCGUGCAAGCUGUUUAUCAUCAUCCGAGUUUAGGGAUCACCAUCGAUAUUUCUCUCGUUAGAUUGGAAAUUAUGCAAAAGCAACCCCAUGACCUACCACACCAUGAUGGAGAGCGAGGUAAACUAUUGGAUUCCUUUUGCACUUAUGCCAUGAAGAAGAAUCCCGCGGACGAAUUUCAUCCUGGUCACUGGGACAUGGGGUUGUACGUCUCUGGCUUGGAUCUCUAUGUCAUGGAGGGUGGACAAAAAAAUAGCGCAACCAUGGGUUUAGCAGUAGUAGGUGGAUUGUGCAUCGACGAAUAUUCUUGCGUUAUAGCUGAAUUAGGCGUGACGAAUCAAUUCGGUAAACCCUUUCCAUCAGCAGGUUUCACGUCUGUUUAUAUAGCUGCACACGAACUGGGACAUAAUUUAGGAAUGCAUCAUGAUUCUACGGGUAAUACAUGCCCAAAAGACGGCUACAUUAUGUCCCCCAGCAGAGGCACCUACGGUGAGACCAUUUGGUCAGAAUGCAGUCGCAACGUGGCGCAAAAGCUUCCAUAUAUGAAACCUUGCCUCAGAGACCGACCAACUGUUCCAACGAACAAUCGACUAGAUCACAGUCGAUACUUCGAUCUCCCAGGAAGAGAAUGGACUGCUAAAAGGCAAUGUGAAGUGUUCCUGCGCGACAAGAACGCUACUGUGGCCACGUUUUAUGAAGUUUGCCAGUCUUUGCAAUGCGAAACUCCACACAGGAGCGGUUAUUACCUUGCUGGACCAGCCCUGGAUGGAACUUACUGUGCACCCGGAAAAGAAUGUCGUGGCGGUGAAUGUAAAAACGUCCUGCAAAUUCACCCCGAUCCAAACAAACCUUUCGUUCAACCGGGAGGAUGGAGCGAAUGGAAGUCAGGACCCUGUAAGAGCGGAUGUCUAUUGAAAUCCACCGGGUCCCGAACUAAACAACGAUUUUGUGAUAAACCAGUACCAAAGAAUACAGAAAUCGGUUGCCAGGGUUUAAACUACGACGUCGUUCUUUGUAGAGACGAUAAUCUAUGCAAGAAGAAGCGCAAGAGUAUCAACGAGUUUGCGACACUGAGGUGCAGAGAGUUCAGUGAAAGAUUGCCAGAAUUGGACGCCAAGGGUGGCGGACUGCAGGCGCCGCACGAGCCCGAAAGGCCAUGGAUGGCUUGUGCUAUAUUCUGUCGGCGAAAAGACAUAGCAUCUUAUUACACGCCGCGCGUGGAAUUAAACGACCUUGGCCUUGGCCCAUACUUUCCAGAUGGGACAUGGUGUCAUGCCGAGGAGGGACAAAAUUAUUUUUGUCGCCAGCACCACUGUCUGCCGGAGAGUUUUCGUUUCGAAAAAAUGCUGCUGAAUGACCGUCGGAAUGACGACAUUUUUGGUCCUCAAAAUGCACACGCUGGAGGUCUUCAUCUUGAUGAUCAGGUAAUCAAGUAUUUGAGCUUGGGACUCGAUGGAUUGCCCCUCUUGACCUCUCUGUCACAUGGUAUUGGGUUUCCGCCAGACGAGGACGAAUGGAUCGAUAAAGAUUACGUAGAGCUAGUGAAACCGACAGAGAAAACUGUCUUCGGGUUACCGUAUUGGUUAGGAAAGUAA